AUGUUGACUACAAAUGGCCCACGGUCUAACAAAAUCAGCAGAGAUAUAAGUAACUUCAUAGUCACAGAAGUGUUGCAACGAAGUGAUGAUCUCAUCAAGAAUUCGUAUAGGCGGUUGACAACGGAAAACGUGGCCAGAAAUGAGCAUUGGUCUCGAAUAGCUGAAAAUGUGAUGGAGAAAUUCGAUGUUCCCACUGAAAUGGAGCGAGUGAAGUCCCAUUUCCACAAUAGGAAGAAAGUAUUACUGGCAAGAGUUAAAGACGAGCUGAAGUUAAUUCCAAAUUCGAAUCUGAUGACUACAGACCAAAAAGUAGACGAACUGAUUCUAAGAAGAGUUGUUGUUGGAAAAUAUGAUGAACAGCUUGCCAAAGUUUGUCUGGAUAUUGAAGAAGAGGAAAAGUUAAGAACUGAGCAAUUUGGAAACGAUCAUAUGAUGCAGCCGAUGGUGAACUUGUUCACUGAAACUAGCCACCAGUCGUUGCUGUCUCAAUUGCUCAGUACGUCGAGUUCUUAUUCAGCAGUAGAGAGAUCAAGUUCAACCUCUUCUCCACGGGAAUCAUCGUCAAGUAAGGAUAUGGAUGUUCCUGCUUCAGUGCCUGCUCCGGUUUCUACAAGAUCGCCGCUUCUUUCCAAACUAUUGUCCGAUCCUUCAACAUCUAAAGAAAAUGGGCACUCACAGGGCCAAAUAUCACAUAAUAGAAAAACAAUAAGACUACCGAUGGAGAUGAAGGCUCCACAAACACGGUAUACGGAUCACACAUAUCCUGCCGAAGCUCCGAAGAUCAAUCAAUAUUCAGCCCUACCAAGCCCUGCCGAGCAAUACUUGUCACAUGUUAUUGUGGACAUAUCGUCUCCCGAUGAGCUUAAAAAGCUUCUUUCUGUUUUGAUUGAUAAUGGAUUCUCGCAAUUCCACCAUGUCACAAACUCGGAUAUGGCUUCUACCUCAAUUGGAACCGGAAUCAACCGUGCUCUCAGUCUGAGACCUCAAGUAAAGAGAAGCCAAAAUAAUAUUCCAAGUGAACACAUUAUUGAAAAGCAGGAAAACACCAUCUGGCCAGUGCAGGUUACCCAUCAUGAACAACGUUCCUGUACACCUGAUACGAGCAUCAUGCGUUCAAUCAAAAGCAGAGUGGAACGCGUUGAUGUAGAGAUUAAAGCAGAACCCAUCACUGAGUACGAGGACGAUGAAUGUGGCGAAGAUGACGUUGAUGAACAAACUGCACAACUGGAAGCACAAUUAGCAUCAGAGGCAUUGAAAACAGGUCUAGCUCUGCUCGACAAGGGUCCGCCUUCAAAGAAAAUGAGAACGUCUUCGUUUUCUGAGAACGGAACUUCGGAUAUUGUAACAGCGAAUUGUGAAAUGUGUGCAUCAGUUAUCCGUUUGAACUCUGGACAAUCUAAAUGGAAUCUUUAUGAGCACGUCAUGAUGAAGCACUCAAUCCACAAACCUUUUAAGUGUCCACUUUGUCCAUACCAAGCUGGACGGAAACUUCGUGUAAAACAACAUUCGCUAUCGCAACAUUACACAGAAACCGAACCAAUUGAUAUGAUGUAA